AUGAGUUUUUUUGCAGCUACCAAGCGUGCAUUGAGCGAGCGCAUUGAGAUGUCCGAUCUUGGUGAGCUCAAGUACAGCCUCAACAUGAAAGUUGAGCGCGAUGAAAAGUCAGACGAUUUGUCGAUGAAGCAAACCAAGUUUCAGCGCUCAAUCCUGACCAAGUUUGUCAUGCAAGACUCUAGACACGUUAAGACACCGCAAGAGCCCGGACUCCAGUUGAAAAAAAAUGUGUGCAAAGAAAUGUGCAAGCGUGAAGACUACAUGAAAGGUGUGCUGUACCGAAGUGUUGUCGGACCCGUGAUGUACCGUAUGGCCAGCACGCGUCCGGACCUAGCAGCUAAAGUGGAAUUGCUCAGCAAGUUUUCUGCUGACCCGUGUCCAACACACUGGCAAGCACUUAAGCGCGUGCUAAAGUACCUACAAGCGACUCCGACACUCAAUAUUCUUUUACCUCUGCGCUGGCGAUGGCAAUUUGGUUGGCUAUUCUGA